ACACUGGUGACGCGCGUGGAGCGGGGACCGCAGUGCUACGUGCGCCAGGACCACGAGAGGGUGGUGCUGGGCCCCGUCGCCAUGGUGACGGUCCCGGCGCGCCACUACUGCCUGGUGCGGCACCCGGUGGCGCGCGGCGCGGACGGGAGCGUCGAGCGGGACGGGAGCGGCCAGGCCCGGCUGCGGCACGGGGACCUGGAGGUGCGGCUGGCGCAGGAGCCCUUCCCGCUGCACCCGGGGGAGCUCCUCGAGCAGGACGUGACGCCGCUGCGCGUGGUGCCGGCCGACACCGCCCUGCGCCUGCGGGCGCUGCUGGACUUCGAGGACGAGGACGGCGCCCGGCGCGUGGCCGGCGACGAGUGGCUCUUCGAGGGGCCCGGCACCUACAUCCCGCGCAAGGAGGUGGAGGUGGCCGAGACGCUGCAGGCCACCGUGAUCCGGCCCAACCAGGCGGUGCGGCUGCGGGCGCGCAAGGAGUGCACGGACCGCGACGGCACCCGCCGCGUCACAGGGGAGGAGUGGCUGGUGCGCCGCGUGGGCGCCUACCUGCCCGGCGUCUACGAGGAGGUGCUGGACGUGGUGGACGCCUUCGUGCUCACCGAGAAGGUGGCCCUGCACCUGCGCGCCACGCGCCCGUUCCGCGACGCGCAGGGCACCCUGCGGCGCACGGGCGAGGAGUGGCUGGUGACGCAGGCGCAGAGCGACGCCUACGUCCCCGACGUGUGUGAGGAGCUCGUGGCGCCCGUGGCCGUCACCACCCUGGGGCCCCGGCACUUCUGCGUCGUCCUCGACCCCGUGGGCGACGACGGGCGGCCCCAGCUCGGCUGCCAGAAGGUCAUCAAGGGCGAGUGCUCCUUCUUCCUGCGGCCGGGCGAGCGGCUCCAGGCCGGCAUCCAGGACGUCUUCGUGCUGGGCGAGGACGAGGGGCUGCUGCUGCAGGCGCUGCAGAACGUCACCCACGAGGACGAGGACGGCAGGGAGGUGACGCGGCGCGCGGGCGAGCGCUGGCUGCUCCGCGGGCCCCUCGAGUACGUCCCCCCCGCCGAGGUGGCCGUCAUCGAGCGGCGCCGCGCGGUGGCCCUGGGCGACGGAGAGGGCAUCUACGUGAGGGACAUGCGCACCGGCAAGGUGCGGGCCGUGCUGGCGCAGACCUACAUGCUGACGGCCACCGAGGAGCUGUGGGAGAAGGAGCUGGCGCCGGGCGUGGAGGCGCUGCUGGCGCGGCCGCGGGACCCGCGGGGACAGCACUUCGAGGUCCCCGAGGACCCCGCGGAGCUGGGGCGCCUCUUCAGCGUGCCCGACUUCGUGGGCGACGCGUGCAAGGCGCUGGCGUCGCGGGUGCGGGGCGCCGUGGCCGCCGUCUCCUUCGACGACUUCCACAAG